CACCUGCCUAUUUUCAUUUGAACAAUUUGAAUGUUCUGAGCAUGAGACAUUUUUCUACGUGAAAAAUAUAUUUAGAGGCAGCUAAGAUCCUAACUCUCAAGCACAAAAUUUAAAUUAAGCAUGAAGCUUUAAGCAUUUCUACAUAUAAUGAAUUACCAAGAUCAAGAGACAGAAGAUUUAUGGCAUUUUUAAGCAUUUCUACAUAUAAAUUAAGCAUGAAGCUUUAAGCAUUUAGAAAAAAUAUUUGCCAGUUUUUUUUCUAUUUGAGAAAUGAUGUUAGCUUUGCCAAUUGCAGGUGUUUCUAAUUGUUGUAGGCGCUAGGUUGGCAUUGUUCUACUCUGGUUGUGUUUACUUUCAUAUCAGAUAUAUGUUUUCUUACUUUUUUAGUUUUUCUACCAUAGCGUUUUGUUGCGGAUUUGAUAGUGCUAGCAAGAAUAGUUUAUGAAAUUCAUCUGAUUAUGAUUUGCUCUUUCUUUUAUCUGCAUUCUCCAGUGGGGAUAGUUCUUGAUGGAAAUUUUGGUUGGUGAUUUAAUUCAUGUGAUUAUUAUUUCACCUCUUUCAUUUAAUUAGCCGUCUUUGACAUAGAUGAGUAUUAAUAGUUAUUUUGGGUCUAAAACCAGGUCAAAUUAUGUACCCCAUCUAGCUGAACUUAUGCUUGAGUUCAGCAAGGAGAAGUUGUUUCAUUUGAAAGGAAUUGCUGUAUUGACAUAACAACUUUUAAGUCUUUGAAUUCAUAGCUAUGGAAAGAUUUGAAAUAUGCUUCUUUGUUGCAGUUGGGCUAUCCAUUAUAGAAUUUGACUUCUCAUUUUCAGUUUCUUUUUUUAGUUGGCAAUUUUCUGAGUUUUGCUUGGUUUUGUUAUCAUUUGUCAAUAUUGAUUUUGAGAUGUUUUGAUAAUGCUUAAUGGUUUUAAUAGGUUGUGAGAUUAGUGCUUUAGAAAAUUCUGAUGUAUAUUGAAGGAUGGAAUGGCUUCUAACAAGACUUAAUCUCUUAUGUUAAAUAGAUUGUCACAAAUGUGGAUAGAGUCCAUGCAACUAAAGUACUUAGUAGAUUUGGUUAAAGGACUGCUUUAAAGGGAUCAUCUUCUUUGAGUCCAUGCAGCUAAAGUUCUUAGCAGAUUGGGUUUAGGGAACUGUUUAAUAGGGGUCAUCGGCUUUGAAUCUCUUAAUACUACUCACAAGAUAGUACUCACAAGAUGAAGACAUGCCAGAGAUUUAUCACUUUCACAAGUAGUGUUCUGCUUCUCUAUCUUCUGACUUUAAAUAUGAUUUCCUUUCUAUUUCAAAAGUAACUAAAAUUAUAUCUUACUUUCUACUCGUUUCCCCUUAUGUUUUCAUUCAUUCAUUCAUUCAUUACUUCGCAUAUUGAAGAUCUGCAGCAAAGUUGUAUAACUAAACUUUUCCAACUAAUGAAUCUAGAAUGGAACAGGUUUUUUUAAGCCAUUAUAGAUGAAUUUCUCUGCAUGGUUAGCUUUUGUGGUUGAGAUUUUGGUUUUGUUUACCAAAUGGGGCAUCAAGUGAUUGAGAGCUGAUUCUUAAUCUAGACUAUUCUUAAUCUAGAAAUGAGAGAUGACAAUUAUUAUCCUUCUUAAAUCUAAUCCAAUCCCAUUUUAUUGAUUUUAUCCAGUCCAAUACCAUCCCAAGCUGUAUCAUUCCAAACAAGCCCUUAAGAAUCUUUAAUUCGGUACUGACACUCGUACUGUGCUAC